UCGGUUGAGUGCAGUGGCCAUAUUUGUUGAUGUGUCACCUCAGCAGGAGCUAACGUUAAGGACCGGUGGACACGCUGUGUCGUGACUACAUUUAUAACAGUCGUACUGAAUGGACUUAACAUAACGGGUGUGGGGUUUUAGGAGAGCAUGGAGCAGUGUGACUGUCAGGGAGAUCAGCAUCCCACUCCCGCUCCUCCACACAGCACAGACGCCAGCUCAGCAUGCACAGGACCAUCACAAGUCAUCAAAGAUGGUACUGAACAGGAGCUAAAUGGUUUGGAGGAGGAUGUUGAAGCUGAACAGGACAGUGUCUUAGACAGCAUUCAGUCCGAUGGUGCUGAGAGGGUGGAGCUGAGACUGGAAUUUCCUCCACGAGACCAGGACGGAGCGACUGCAGAGGACCGACAAGAAGAUGGCAGCAGCAGCUGUAACAAUGGAACCGCCUCCAUAGAGGAGACCAGGACUCCUCCGGCUCUUCCUAAUGGACUUGUAGAGACAGAGCCUGCUGUUCUGGAUGGGACAGUAAAGGAUUUGCUUCCUUCCAGUAAUCCUGAGGACCAGCAAGUGGCCUCUUCUUGUGCUGAGGAAUAUGCAAGAGAAUCUUGUGAGUCAAACAAUGCACCUUCACAUGAAGCAAGUCCAUCAGGAAAUGCUGCCAAAACUCAAGGUCUAAGCAGUCAAACUGGCAAUGUGACAAUCUCCGAUUCAGCAGUUUUGCCAGAGCAUGAAGCUAAUCUCUCAAACUCUGUGUCCAGUGCUAAUCCGUAUGAUACAGACUGUAGCAGGAAGCUAAUGUCUGAGAUUCAGCGCUCGAUGUCUCAGGAAUCUCUGCUGGAUGAGUUAGAGUCAGAGCUGCUGAGCUGUCAGGUCCGAGAGCAGGGCAGCAACAGAGCGAGCCCUCCGAAUGGUCUGCCCAAGGAUCAGGGCUCCAUGGUUGUUUUUGAGAAGUGUGUCCAGUACAAGUAUUCUCAACAGGAAAAGGCCAUCAAAAGGUUGCUGGAUGAGAAUAAGAAGCACCAGGAGUUGAUUCUGGGUAUCUGUUCUGAGAAAGACAGCAUGAGGGAGGAGCUUAAGAGGAGGAUGGAGACGGAGAAGCAACAUCUUUGCACUAUUAAGAAGUUUGAGAGCAGGGUGGAGCAACUACUGAAGGAGCUGAAAGAAUCCAAGGACAAACUGGUUCAUCAGGACCAGGCAGCUAAAAACACCAUUCAGCAGAUGCAGAGGGAGAUGUCCUACCGCUUUGAACAGGCUGGUAAGAAGUGUGAGGAGGCACGCCAGGAGAAGGAGGCCAUGGUUAUGAAGUAUGUGCGAGGGGAAAAAGAGGCACUGGACCUCCGUAGGGAAAAGGAGCAAUUGGAGAGAAAACUCCGAGAGGCAACAGCAGAGGUGGACAAACAGGCCAGGAGGGGAAACCAGCUGGCACAGGAGAAAGGACGACUUCAGCAGCUACAUGAUGCCAAAGAGAAUGAGAUGAGCAGGCUGUCUCGGGAACUAGAAAAGCUCAAAGAUGAGAUCAACUCUCAUAUCAUCAAAGUGAAAUGGGCCCAGAACAAAUUAAAGAGUGAGACAGAUGCUCAUAAGGACACAAAAGACAAAUUAAAAGAAACAACUGCCAAGCUGACCCAAGCGAAAGAAGAGACUGAACAGAUCCGCAAGAAUUGCCAAGACAUGAUUCGUACAUAUCAGGAGUCAGAGGAAAUUAAGUCUAAUGAAUUGGAUGCAAAGCUGCGGGAGACAAAGGGUGAGCUGGAGAAGCAUAAGCAAGAACAGACCGAUCAGCUGGAGAUGCAUCGGGCCAAGAUUAAGGAGCUGGAGGAUCUAAAGAGGAGCUUCAAAGAAGGCAUGGAUGAACUUACCACUCUUAGAACCAAGGUAAAAUGUCUAGAGGAUGAAAGGCCUCGAUGGGAAGAUGAGCUGUGCAAAUACAGAGAGAUCAUUAACAGACAGAAGUCUGAGAUCCAGAACCAGCGUGAGAAGCUGGGGGACAUUCAGAAAUUAGAGGAGCAGCAUCAGAGAGAUGAGCAGGAGAUGGUGUCUUUGAGGGAAGAAGUAGAGAGUCUGAACUUACAGAUUGCAGACCUACAUAAAGACGUACAGGGUGGCCGAGUGCGAGAGGCUGAGCUCUUGGCGUUCACAGAGAAAAUGACGAGUAAGAAUGCUCAACUACAGUCUGAGAGCAAUGGCCUGCAAACUCAGCUGGACCACAUGACCACUAGCUCCAGGGAGCUGCAGAACAGGCUGGAGGAGACCGAGAGGGCCCUGACAGACAUGACAGCGAGGCUGAAGAGAGAGGAACAGCGGCUGCAUGAUGAAGUCCAGGCUCUACAGACAGAGCGAUCUGCAUUGCAAACAGAGACUGCACAGCUGAAGACCAGAGUUGAGGAGCUGAGAGACGAGCUGGUUACACAGAAAAGGAAGCAAGCAGUCAACAUCAAGGAUCUGACAAAACAGCUCACACAAGCACGUAAGAAGCUGGAACAGAUGGAGAAUGGAGGCUGUGAUCGGGAGGGCAGCAGCAUGGGCAGUCGGUCCAGUUCUUCAGGCUCUCUUAAUGCUCGAGGCAGCAGUAUGGACGAUCGUUCUCCUGAGAACCAGUCGGGUUCGUCUGUGGUGGUGGUGGACAGCUUUCCAGAGGUGGACAAGGCUGUGUUGGUGGAGCGUAUCGUACGGCUGCAGAAAGCCCAUGCACGCAAGAACGAGAAAAUCGAAUUCUUGGAGGACCACAUCAAGCAGCUUGUGGAAGAGAUCAGGAAAAAGACAAAAAUUAUCCAGAGCUAUGUGCUGAGGGAGGAGUCUGGGGCACUCUCGUCAGAGGCGUCAGAUUUUAACAAAGCCCACUUGAGUAAGAGAGGGGGCAUCAUGGCCUCUCUAUACACAUCACACCCUGCUGACAGUGGACUCACCCUUGACCUCUCGCUGGAGAUCAACAGGAAGCUCCAGGCAGUACUGGAGGAUACGCUGCUCAAGAACAUCACACUGAAGGAGAAUCUCCAGACCUUGGGUUCAGAGAUCGAGAGACUGAUUCAGCAACAGCGACCAGGUGAACCCAGUGUCAGGAGAAAAUGACAGUGCUCUCAGCAGAGUCACUGCAGGACAUCAAAAAUGUGGAAGUUUACAAGCAUUCAGGUGCUCUGAAGCACCAGGGAUUUCCCAGGAGGCUGGCAGGGGAAAAAAAGAAAAGAAAAAGACACAUAUAGAUAUGUUCCCAUAUUCUGUGUGCCAAGCUGGGAAAGGAGAAAGGCAUACCACAAAGAAAGUGACCUCAUGGAGGACUUGAGUCCUCUCCGUCUGCUUGGCGUCACUGUCCUUCCAUCAUCACUCCCCUGUCCGGCGUGAGGUGCUCCAUCGAAUGUAACGCUGUUCCUGCUCUCCAGAGUUCAGAAAGAAUUGCACACUUCAAAACAGUGAUUUGUUAAAUGUAUAAAGCUUUGGAUAAUGACUGACUUAAUGAUUGAGUACAUGUAUGCAAUGAAGGAACUUCCAUUUUCCUCUAAAGAGCUUGACCUUAAUGAUUUGAGAAAAUGAGACUUCAGCAGGUAAUGGUGAAUUUUGAAAACAGAAGACAUCUUUAGACUUGCUCCACAUCAUUAUCUUGCUGAAUAAAGGCCACUGCUUCUUU